UUAUGACUCUGGCCUUGCUGAUGUGUCUCAGUUCUGGAUGAGGAACCUGAGCUCACAACGAGGGACGUAGAGCAUUAAACCACAUCCUGGAACUUGGCAAAGAUUGGAGAUGUGGGGUGCAGCUCCUAGACCUCAGCUCUGGCCACAGAUGGGGUUCCCUGCAGUCCUGUGGGCCCUCCUCAGUCAUUUCCUGACUCUCCACCUCCUCCGGCUGGGAUCAGUGGAGUUCAGAGUGGUGGGACCAGGUCGACCUCUCCUUGCCACCGUGGGGCAGGACGUUGUGCUGCCGUGUCACUUGUCCCCAGGCAUGGACGCUCGGAGGUUGGAGAUCAGGUGGAUCCGGCACCAGCUCUCCGAAACAGUGCACCUCUACUGAAACGGAGAGGACAUGUAUGGUGAGCAGAUGGAGGAAUACGCUGGAAGGACAGAGUUAUCCAGAGAUGGUCUGUCCAGUGGGAGCCUGGACUUGCGAAUCUCUGAGUUGAGACCCUCUGAUGAUGGCCAGUACGUCUGCACCGUGCGAGAUGCUGCCUCUUAUGGAGAAGCUGUGGUGCAGCUGAAGGUGGCAGUUCCAUUUUUCCACAUUGUCCAUCCCCGGAUGGCAGCUCUCAUGGUACUCUUCCUGCUUUUAGUGAUGUGUUUUGGUGUCAUGGCUUAUGUCUACCGAAGGCAAGUGGUGCAGUCCAGAGCGCUGGAGGAACGAGAUGCAGCACUGGAGGAACAAGGUGCACUGUUGGGGAAACGAGCUGCAGCCCUGGACAUGGUGACCCUGGAUCCAAACACGGCUCAUUCUGAACUUGUCCUGUCAGAGGAUUUGAGAAGUGUGAAGUGUGGAACCACAUGGCAGAACCUGCCCAACACUCCUGAAAGAUUUAAGGAUCUGCGCUGUGUGCUGGGCCGGGAGAGGUUCCAGGAGGGGAGGCACUGCUGGGAGGUGGAGGUGGAGGAGGUGGUGGGAGGUGAUUCAUGGUGGGGUGUUGGGGUGGCCAAGGAGUCUGUGGAGAGGAAGGGGAGAGUGUUACCAAGCCCUGGAGAUGGGGUCUGGGCGGUGUGGCACUGGGAAGGGCAGUUUGAGGCUCUCACCUCUCCUCCCACCCCCCUGUCCCUGUCCCCAGUCCCCAGGAGGAUCUGGGUCUGUCUGGACUGCAGACAGGGGCUGGUGACUUUCCUCAACGCGGACACUGGGGUCGAGAUCUUCACUUUCCCACCAAGCUCGUUCCACGGGGAGACCCUGUGCCCCUGGUUUUUGCUCGAGACAGAGGAAACCCAGCUGUGCCUCAGGGGCAGCACCCUCUAGACCCUCAGCCCCACUUCCAUCCUCAUGACAGCAUCCCACCGACCCUGUCCUUCUCCAGAGACUCCCCACUCUUGUCUCCUGGCUCCUGCAGAAGAUGUCACUCUCUGCACUGUCCCAGCUCGGGGAGCAGAGGGGGAAUGAGGGGCAGGGGACAGGGGCUGCCGUGGGGUAACCCUGGUGCUGGGAGGCUCUGAGCAGGGUGGUGUCCUCAUUUCAGCUUUGAUGGAGUUGAUUUUCUUUCCAGUAUGGGGUGCAUUUUGGAUUUUGUGUGGGAAUGCUGUUGAUCACACAUAUUUUCAUAUGUGGCUGAGAAAGGUUCACAUCAAUCCAGGGCUUUUCCAGCUUCCCCCUGCAGCUGAGAAAGAGCACGGCCAAGAUGAGGUGGCCAAAGGGAUAUUCCACCCCACAGAUAUCCUGCUGGGGAUAGAAACAGGGGCUGCUGGGGGGCUGGGACCCUCCUUCACUGCUUGGGAUGGG